AGCGUUUUUGUCUCGAGCCCCUUGUGCUGGGGCGGCGUGCCCUCGGUUGCAGACUCGUCCGCGCGACGCCUCUGGGGAGUCAGAUGAAGCCGCUGCCGUCGGGCAUCCAGACAUUCCAGGGUAGCGCAGACUCAGGACGCCCACACCGAUGAAUUCCGCUCAACGCUCAAGAGCGCCUUCGCGCGGAUUUUGGAAGCGCACCGCUGCGAGGUGGCGGAGCUGCAGCUGCAGCUUGACGCCGUCGGCAAAAAACGGCCGACGCCGCCCAGCUGCCCAUCAUAUCUCGCCCAUGAAGAUGCCAGAGGUAUGCGUUCGGCACCGCGCCAUCAUGGCGGACCACGGUGCGGGUUCCACCGUGGCCAAUACGUUGGAGCCGAAGCUCGGAUGGGCGGAACCUCGCGUGGACAUGCAGGGACACGACAACGUCGACAGGGCAGCGUCGGCGUCGACAAGGACGUCGACAGGAGGCUGCACGGGGACGGCGACACCGGCGACUGGAUGUUCCGGGGUCAACGACAGCGUCGACAAAGCGCAUGAUGGCUCUUGCAGCGUGGUGCCAGCAGCGUCCACGACUCCUCUUGACGCUGAACCAGUGGCAGAGCCUGCGAAGUUGAUGCAGGGAGGCAAUCCAGAACGGUUCUCAGGGCCGCAUUGGCAAUGGAUGCACCGCACAGGGUGGAAGGGGUAUGACCCGGAGGCUUCCGACAAGAUAGAGGAGGCUUUUCAGAAAGGCCACCCAAAGGCCCGCCUCAAGGCCGGCAAGAAGGGCAGCAGUCCAAUGAACAUAUUUUUCGAAGACAUGGUUCAACACGAUGAGGCAUCGGGGAAUUCAAGGGAUGUUCGCCGGGUGGGCCCAAACCCGUGGUGGCAGCGCUUAAGGCGGCACUUGUUAUCUUAUUAUUACGCUUGGGACACUGGGCUGCCGAGGACAGAGACACUGGCCGACUCAAAAGCGCGUAAGAAGCUGAUUCAAAAGGCUGGUAUUGGCGCUGUUGGCUCGAAGCUCGACCUGGCGCAGAACUUCUACCACCCGACAGGCCUCGCCGCGGCCGUCGCCAGGAGCAAGUUCUUCCAUGGCAUCGCAACCCUCGUGGUUGCCCUGAACACGAUAUGGAUCGCCAUAGAGCUGGACAACAACGACGGGCCGACGUCCAAGGUCGGGUUCCAGGUGGUGGACCACGUAUUCUGCGGCCUCUUCACCGUCGAGCUCGUCGUUCGCUUUGCGGCCUACAGGAGGAAGGUGUUCUGCCUGCGCGACGGGUGGUUCUGCUUCGACGGCGCGCUGGUGCUGCCGAUGUGGUUGGACCUCUGGCUGCUUCCGCUCGUGGGCCUUCUGGCGGGUGACGAGCGCGGAAGCUCGCUCAAGGGCGACCUCACGGUCUUGCGCGUCGCUCGGUUGUUGCGUCUCACGCGCAUGUACCGUUUGCUGAAGUCGGUGCCGACGAUGAUGACGCUGCUGCGGGGGAUCACGACUUCCAUUCGGCCCGUGAGCAUCGCGGUGGGCCUUCUGAUAUUGAUCAUAUACCUCUUUAGCAUCAUCUUUCGGAGCCUGGUGGAUCCUGGCGGCUUCCUCGAGAUGGAGUAUUUCCCUUCCGUGACGUACACGAUGCUGUUUUUGUUGAUGCACGGUACCUUCUUGGACUCGGUGGGAGCAAAAGGAUUUGAGAUCAACAGGGAGGGUGGCAUCGUCUUGAUGUUCUUCUUCUUGGCAUACAUAUUCAUGACGAGUUUUUUAAUGCUAAACAUGUUGAUCGGAGUCGUCUGCGAAAUGGUGUCCACGGUGAAGAACGGCGAGCAGGAGUUGAUGGCAAAGGUAUCGUUGCAAGCUCAACUAUCCGACAUCAUGGAUGUGUACGACGCGGACGGCACUGGGUCACUGACACAGUCCGAAUUCCAUCUGUUCAUCAACAAUUCGGAGGUGGUGCAAGCGCUUCACCACUUCGAUGUCGACAUCAAAGGGCUGGACACACUCAGUGAGAUGAUGUUUUCGCACGUCUCCCCUGAGGGUGGGUCCGAGGAGGCCGCCAUCGGCUUUGACGACAUCAUGAGUCUGGCCGUGCGCCUCAAGGGCACUAGUGCCUCCCGAGUGGAGGACAUCGUGAAGCUGCGGGAGUUCACUAAGCACCGUCUCGAGGCCUUGGAGCAGCAUCUGAUCAGCAAUCAGAGGAUGCUGGAGGAGCGCGUGGUCCACUCCCAUUCCUCGCUGGCCAACCCGCCAGAAGUACGCCGGGGCUCGGUCCUGCGCUGAGCUUGAGCCGCCUCAUGCGGAGCCCAGGAUUUCAAACCUCCACGAACCUGCAGAACGAAGCGAGCCACUCCGGAAAGGAGGAGCAAGUAGUCAUUAGAGUCCACUAUGGAGGUCGAACCUUCGUUAUGUAUGGGCCCAUGGAUGGCUGAGAUCCUCUUGAUCCUUCCCUCGUACAGGCGGGGCGCUGAAGGAGGAACCCUUUCUCCUCUGGGAGGGGUUCAGUGUUCCUCCCUUGUUUCACAGGUUGGCCCCAGCUUCUUUCCUCGGGCUCCCGCUGGGAAGUCGAAGCUGGGCUCGUGGAAGACAGGGUAGCCUCGUUCCUUACGUACCUGCGUAGGGCUCCCGACUGUGCCCUCCUCUCAAGGCCGGCCCGUUUGGGGGCGGCGCCCUCGGAGCGCCCGCGGCCGAGCCUCGCUGGUCCUCGCGCCUCGGCUCCGCUGCUGCUGCUGGUGCUGCUGGUCCCUCCUCCGCCUCCUCCACCUCCUCCCGGCCUCCUUUUUUCCUCCUCCCA